CGCCAGACAUGCGUCAUUCGUCAAGCACCGAGCAGCGACUCGCCGAAUCGCGAGCAGUGUGGAUGUCUGUUUGUCUAUUCGGCAAGCAGCAAACAUUAGUGCUCGUUGUUUCCCGUUCAGUGUCGGUCUUUUGCACACAUCAAAGUGGACGAAUAUUUGGGAAAAGGCAAACUUUGCUUCAUCCACACAUUCGGCUUUGUGGUUGGGAGAUAAGAACUGUUCACGGUUUCCAAUUUUGUCAUCAGAGCCUCAUUGACUAUUGGGUAUGGAGUGGCCUAAUGAGUUGGUGUUGGAUUUCUUACAAUACUAUGAGAAUGAACCAGUUAUUUGGAACCCUUCUCAUCCCAAUCACAAAAAUAGAAAUGAAAUAUACGAUGCAUGGAAAAGAAUCGAAAGCAAGAUGGGUAACAAGUUUUCUGUCACCGAAUUGAAAAAGAAAAAAGACUCUCUGAUGGCUUCAUUUAGAACGUGUUUGAAAAAGGUUAAGGAAAGCUGUAAAAGUGGAGCCGGAUCUGAUGAUAUAUACAAACCAAAUUGGUUUGCUUAUGAAAUCAUGGAAAGAUUUCUCAAAGAUAAGAACCUGCCAAGAGAGACACUUAGUUCAGAGGUGGCUCCACCUCCAAAUGAAGAGCAAUUCCAAGCCGAAAGGAACAUAGAUUUGCCAAAUUUAUCAGAUAAUGUACCAUCUGCCAGCAGGGAAGAGCCUGAACAAAGAAACGAAGCUAUUGUUCUACCUGCUUGUGCCACAACUUCGCCUAACUAUGCCUCAUCUUCCUUUAAACCUCCACCACGAAAAAAGUCCAGAACAGCUGAAGAAAUUGAGAUAAAAAAGAAGAUGGAUGCUGCGUUUACUACUUUACAAUCACUUCAAACCAAAAAAAGAAAAACACUUAUGUGA